AUGUCUGAGCAAAUCACCAUCCACGUGAAGUCUUCUGGUGAUAAGAAGUACGAGGUUUCGGUCGAGACCUCGGCCCUGAUUGCAGACUUGAAGGCGAUUAUCUCCACCCAUGCUGAUGUUCCUCCAGAGCGCCAACGUUUGAUUUAUAGUGGUAAGGUGCUUAAGGAUGAGGAGACGGUGGCUUCGUAUAAGAUCCAGAAUGGGCAUGCUGUUCAUAUGGUGAAGCUGUCGGCUCCAAAACCUGCUGCUGCCUCUAGUACUGGUGCAAGCACUGGUACCUCUGAUCUGGCUGAAAGGUCCACUUCUCCUCAGGGCCAAAACGUUCCUUCCAACAUUGCCGCUGGCCAGGGCUCAUUCAAUCCAUUGGCUGACUUGACGGGCGCCCGUUACGCUGGCUACACUCAGCUUCCUUCGGCGUCGAUGUUCGGUCCUGACGGUGGCAUGGGCCAGUUGCCUGACUCAGACAGAAUGUCUGAAAUGAUGAGCAGCCCGAUGUUCCAGGAGCAGAUGAAUGCGUUGUUGCUGGACCCACAGAUGUUGGACUUCAUGAUUAACCAGAACCCACAAUUGCGUGCCAUGGGACCCCAGGUCCGCUCCAUGCUACAAUCGCCCAUGUUCAGAGAAAUGAUCAGCAACCCGGAAACCAUGCGUAGCAUGAUGAACCUCCGGAACAUGCAAGGUGCCGCUGGUGGAGCCGGUGGCGACGCUGCUCUGGCUUUCCCUGCGCCUGGAGCUAACCCUACUGUUGGAGAAGAAGGCGGCCAGAACGCUGGAUCUGGCACUGACGCCAAUGCAUCCGGUGGUGCUGGCGCUGCAAACCCAUUUGCAUCUCUUUUCCCUAACGGUAUGCCUCCAGUUGACCCAUUCAGCUUGUUCGGCGGUGCUGGCGCAGGCGCUGGAGGCGCUGGAGCUGGUGGUGCCCCUGCUCCUCGUGACGACAGACCUCCAGAGGAGCGUUACGAGUCCCAGUUGAGACAACUCAACGAUAUGGGUUUCUUCGAUUUCGAUCAGAACGUCGCAGCACUUAGAAGAAGCGGCGGUAGCGUACAAGGUGCUAUCGAGUACUUGUUGUCUGGUGGACACUAG